GCAUUGUUCGGCAGACGGAGGCUAAACUGCGACUGCGAGGAGUCGGGUCUGGCUACUUCGAGGGCGCUGGCCAGAAAGAAAGCUCGGAACCCCUGCAGCUGUGCAUCUCUUGCACCAGUCAGGAAGGUUACAAAACUGCAGUGAAGGGCGUGGAAGAGCUUCUGAAUCGCGUGUACGAAGAGUAUCGGCAGUUCUGCCGGGAGAACCAGAAGCCUGUGCCCGACUUGCAGAUCAACUUCACCGAGAACCAGCUCGUGUACAGCUCCCGAGCUACAUUCACUGGCGGAGCGGCUGCCGAUGAUGAUGAAGGAGAUGCAUCCUCCAAGGACAAGCGCAAGGGAAAGGCACGAGCAACCAAGAGGGAACCGGUCAAGACGUCGGACGGCGCGAUCGACCGUGGUGAGCCCGGGCCUAACGCUCCUCCGGUUCAUGAGAUUGAGAAGUACAUCGAUGAGCGGAACGAGGCUCGUCGUGCGAACAACUUCCCGGAAGCUGACCGCAUCCGCCAGCUCCUCCAUUCGCGCGGGGUGGCUCUCAUGGACGAGCCUGGCGGCCGCGGCAAGGGGGCAGAGGUGACCACCUGGCGCUACUGGCGUGACUGA